UUCAGUAACGGCCACAUUCAUAAUCCACAUUGGGCCGUGACCGUGAUUUUGCUUGCAUAUGUCCUACCAUGGUGUCUAUCGUUUCGUCAUCGGCGUGGACUGACCAAUUAGACGAGAGCUCCUAAACAGAUAAACACAGAAAUGCUAUUUUUGUGCCUACUGCAAAGUGCCUGGGUUACCUUCUCAUUAAUGUUUAGAAAAUUGUGCGAUUCAUUGUGUAGAUAAGCGCGCGUAUAUAAAGCCGCGAGGGGAGGGAUGGUCGUUCUCUGUCUCUGUUGUGGUGCGGUGGUUCGCUGGUUCGCUGGCGGAGUGGGCGGUGACGCAACGAGACUCGUCGACUGCAAGGGGACGAGCUCAGUGGCGUCGGCGCGUAGCCCCCGCGGACGGUCGGAGACAGGAGCCGGAGGGACUUCCUCGCACACACUCUCGUCGGGCGGGGGUGAAUCGCUUCUGCCGCCAUGAGCUUGGGGUCCAGAGGGCGCUGGCUGUGUGUUUGGGCGCUUACUCUGCUCCUAGCGGGAGCACCUGGAGGCUCCAACGCCGGCCGCAUUUUGGGUCUUUUCUAUUUUCCCGCCCGUAGUCACUUCAUCAUUUUCGAGCCGUUGCUGCAGGAACUGGCAAAGCGCGGCCACCAGGUGGAUGUGGUGAGCCACUUCCCGCUCGAGAAGCCGCUGUCCAACUACACCGACAUUAGCAUCAAGGGGUCGUGGCCAAUGCUAGCCAACAGCUUCACGGUUGACCACCUCAUGAGCAGGCACCUCGUGAAUCUCUUGUACUACACGUGGACGGAGAAUCUCGCCAUGUGCCAGAAA